GGUCACUCAGUGGAGUUGUUCCCCUAAUCCAUCUCUCCUCCUCACUCCCUCCUGGGUCCUACAUCCCCUGAAUCAUCUGUUUGUUUUAUCUUCAUCGCCCGUCUUCAUCACAGCCUCCUCUGCUGGCUUUUGAGUCUGAACUCAGAUCUUCUCCCUCAUCCCGGUUUCAACUUUUUAUUCCUUCAGGCUAAUUUUCUGCUGAGGAACUCUGUGAAAUUUGUUGUUUUAUCACUCUAUGUUUACACAGGACGCUGUGAAGAGUUGGAUACAUUAGGGAAAAGUAGAAAAACCCCACGACAAGCCUCUAAUCGUCAGCCAUGAAAAGUGAACCAUUCUGAGCUUCAACUGGACCAUCUGCUGCUUCAAACGUUCCAAAAGGACUGGUUUUUGCAACUGUAGCAUGUUUAUUUACACCUCAGAUUGCCCAAAGUGACYCCUCUGUGCAGCAGAAUCAAGAAGAGAGAGUUCACCAGACGUCCUACAGUCAUGCACCUCGGGUCGGUCCGCUUUGACCUCCUGACCCUGCUGAGCGCGCUCCUGUUCUGGGGUCCGCUGGAGUCCAGCGGGCAGAACGACACAGAGCCCAUCAUCCUGGAGGGGAAAUGCUUGGUGGUGUGCGACUCCAGUCCUUCGUCCGAGCCCGCCGGCACGGCUUUGGGCAUGUCCGUCCGCUCCGGCUCCGGACGAGUGGCCUUCUCAGCCAGCCGCCAGACCAACCACGAGCCCACGGACAUGAGCAACCGCACCAUGAUCAUCUACUURGAUAACAUCAUGGUCAACGUGGGGACACAUUUCGACCAAGAGAGCAGCGUCUUUGUGGCUCCACGCAGAGGGGUGUACAGCUUCAACUUCCAUGUUGUCAAGGCCUACAACAGGCAAACUAUUCAGGUUAGCCUGAUGGUGAARGGCUGGCCGAUGAUUUCGGCGUUCGCUGGGGACCAAGACGUGACCAGAGAAGCUGCCACCAACGCUGGCCUGGUGAUUAUGGAGAAGGGCGACAAGGCUUACCUCAGACUUGAAAGGGGCAAUCUGAUGGGAGGCUGGAAGUACUCCACCUUCUCUGGCUUCCUGGUCUUCCCCUUGUGAGAAGGAUGGAAAGUUUUAGUGCUACGAUGAUAACAAAAGGAAAAAUGAGUGAAAUGGGGAAGUAAUGGGGUGGGGGGUGAAAAGAGUACAACCUCAAUUCUGAUAAAGUUGGAACGCUGUGUAAAAUGUAACAAAAAUAAGGAAGUAAAUCUAAUAAACUCACAUUUUAAUUCAUAUGAAACAUAUUAAACAUAUCACGUUUAAACUAAGAAUUAAAUUUAGAACUUCAUGGCCAUGAAUUCGUGACAGGGUCCCAUUCUUCUUCUAUCAACAGUCUGUAAAGGUUUUGGAGGAGACUCAAGUCCUGAUUUUGUCUGAUGUGGAAUUCAACUAUUCAAGAGGCCUGGGUCUUCUUUGCUGGAUGGAAAACAUGUUGUUCUAAAGCCUGUUGCUGCAGUGAUGGUACCUUUGUGUCAGCUGCUCAUGUCAGAGGCACUAAUGCACCCCUAUACCAUUAGAAAGGCAGUUUUGAAUUGAGUGCUGAUGAUAUGAUGGUUCUUCUCUUUAGCACAGAGGACAUGGUUUCCAAAAAGAUUUUCAAAUUUUGAAUCGUCUGACUACAGAUUACUCUUAUCAAAUUGCAAAUUAUUUCAAAAAAGAGGGAAAAGGUCCAGUUAGUGACCGGCAUAAAUAAGUGAGAAGUAAAUGUGAACAUUAGGAGUCUCAACAGUGAUGGAGCACUGAUUGUUUUUCCAAUUUUAGUAACACAAGGCACUAUAAUCACUUACUAGAGUUUAGCUCUACGUUGAUUAACGAUCCCAACAAGUUUUUCACAGCAGCUUUAAGCACCUGAUGUCACCUGCUGAGUGGCAAGGGCUUUGUCUCAGCUCAUUAGAAAUGAGCUUUGGUCCAUGCAGUGAAGACGAUAGUGUUUCUGAAUGGUGUUCAUGAAGGGCUUCUUUUUUGAAUGAUAGAGCUUUAAUCAGUAUUUAUGAAUGAUACCGCAAUGAUUUUUGUAGUGUUCCUCCUUGUGCAGUGAUGAACAGGUCUGUUUUUAAUCCAGUGCUGCCUGAAGAUCAUGAACAUCCAGUAUUAGCUUUCAGCCUGAGCCAGAGAUUUCUGCAGAUUCUUGGAAUAUUUUGAUGAAGAUAUGAGCUGUAGUUAUUGGGAUAUUCAAAGUCUUCUCAGUUUUUCCAUUAAGGCACAUUAUUCUGAACUUGUUUCACUAUUUUUAGACUCAGUUUUGUGCAGACUGGUYAACCUCUGCUCAUCCACUUCUGAGCGAUCCAGCCUCUCUAAAAUGCUACUUUGUUAUUUAGUCUUUUUACUGACCUGUUUCCAGUCCUAGUUAGUCGCAGAUGUUUCUUUUUUAUAGCACUUACUCAAACUUUAGUUGAUCCUGUUCCCAUUUUUUUGUUUUGAUCAAUUGCUGCCAUAAAAUUCAAAAUAACCUUUUUUUAAAAAGCAUUUUUUAUGUUUAAAUAUUUUAUGUUUAUUUGCUUCAUUGAGCCCUGUGAUGAACUUACAACCUGUUCAGGGUGUACCCUGCCUCUAACACAGUGACUGCUGAACAUGGGCUCCUGGUAAAGAUAAAGCAGGUAUAUGUAUGUAUGUAUGUAUGUAUGUAUGUAUGUAUGUAUGUAUGUAUGUAUGUAUGUAU